CUCUGUAUAGGUGGGGAGAGCAGACCUGGCCAGGUAGAGACCCGUGCAGUGUCUGGAUAUGGGGAUUGGCUGCACUAUAUCCCUCUCUCACAGCAGCAGUAAACAGGCCAUAUAUUGGAACUUUGUAUGAUCAGCUGGGCUGUGAUGAUACUCCGUGCACACUGUACGAGGAUGCUACCGACACAUGACAGGAGGGCAGGCCAGCACCAGCCUGAAUCAAUACUGUAGCAUGAAGCACCUGGUUAGGAAAGUGUGGCGUGCAAUCUCUGGAGAAUACAAGGUACAGUUAUCAAAAUGGUGGGAUGUAGCCAAGAUGGAUUUUACCAUUGGUAUACAUUUAUCCUGUUUAUCCUCCAUGACUGGUAUGACUGAACCUAAACUGGAACAUACCUGUCUUGGCAUCAACAUGGGGGUCUCCAGGAUGCAGGUGUCUCGACUUGGAGUUGCCCGGGGACAGUGUGGCCAACUUCAGCCCCCCCUAUUGGGGAAACAUCCCCUUCCCCUGCCCUCUUCCCCGUGCUGAAUGGCUGCGAUGGCACCUGCUCUCACUGACCCUGCCCCUGACGCCCGCAACCUGCACUUCAAGCUGGCGCCCCCAUCUUCCUCCCUCCCCCUUGGUGAGACCAACGGCGGCUGUCUUCCUCCGCCUGCCCCGCCAGACCUGGUAACAAGCUACAGUGGGUCACACGGGAAGGAACAACUGAAACUGGCUGGAGUGUUCACUCCCCGGUCCAUCUUGUCUCAGUCACUGUGUCGGGGGCGUUCCUCCAUUUUGGAGUUCAACCUGGAGGAGCUGAGAGGAAUCACCAAUUCGGGAAGAGGGGGCCAAGGUGGACCUCUAAAUGGGCUGGCCAAAAGACCUGCAAAGCCAGCUGUGGACAAGCCCCCAAGCCUGGCCAUUCCUGCAUUGGAACCUUGGGUGAAAGCCCCCGUUGUUCCUCCAGGGUCUCCUGCUGAGGAAAAUGAACAGAAGGGCUCUUGUGUAGAGCAUGGUUCUGAUGCACGUUUGAAGGCAUUGUUACGGCGUCAUGGGGAGAUGGAAAAGAGGGCUCGAUCGAUCCAAAAAAGGCUUCAGCUAGUCCAGGCAAAGCAGGUUGAGCGCCAUUUUCAUCAACAGUUAGGCGGCCUAGUUGGUGCUGCCUUUGGCCGUAGCCCAGAGACUCCACGCACUCGAUUGACUGUGGUGACACGUAAAGCUGAUGCCCAGCGCAGAGGUGAAGCAGGAAGUGGCAGCUCAGAUGCCUUUUUGAAAGGAGCAGCUGCUGAACUAGAGAGACUAAGCUGCUCGGGCACUGCUAUUCUCCGGACAUGUGAGCGGGGAUUUGACUCUGAUGCCACAGAAAGUAGCUCAGGAGGGGACUCUGAUGUUGAAGAGGAGGAGCUUAGACAGGUGGACACCCAGCAGAGCCACGUGCCGCUGAAGAGGCGCUGUGAAUGGGUUUGGGCUCAGGAGCGAGCAGAUGUGGUUAGUCGGUGGAACUGGUUGCAGGCUCAUGUGUCAGACCUGGAAUACCGGAUCCGCCAGCACACAGACUUCUACAGACAGCUGCGAGCAGGAAAGGGCCAGGUUGUCCUUAGCGAUGCCAGUCCUCCUGAAAGUUGUGUGGAGGACUCUCUACAUCCUUCUCCAGAUGCAAGAACACCAGCCUCUGCAUCCUCCUCACCAGACCCUGACAGAAAGGCUGAUCAAGGAAGUACAGAAGCUAAACUAUUGCAGAAACCCAUUAACGGAAUUGUUGCUCCGCUCCCAUCACGUUGUAAUUCGGAUUAUGAAGAGCAUACGCCCAGUAAACCCACAACGACCUUAGUGGACAGCAGCUGUGUGUGUGCUCGGACAAGACCUGUUCUCCACUGCAAGAGGAGGCGGGUGGUGAGACCAGACCGGAUAUUACCCCUCCACAGGAAGGUUCAACGCAGUGUUCCACGGCCCUGUGAGGUCUCCUCAUCGUGUGUAAUGUGUGCCACUUUCCCGGGGCUUUCAACCCAGUUUCCAUACAGUGAUCCAUUGUCUGAACGUCUGACUUUACUGGAUCCUGCAAUUCAUCCUGUACUGUCCUUCCCAGCUGAUGUGCCUGCUGGUCUGCAACUCCACUCUCUGCUCCGUUCCCACAACAAGAUGGACAGACUGAAAACUAGCAAAAAAAUAAAACCACGUCCUCAAAAUCUACCCUCCACCCUCCCUGAAACUCCCCGAACAGAGCGAAUACCUGGAAUUUUCCAUGCUCACCGACUAACUCUUCACAGGCCACUUCCAGAGCUCCCCCCAAAACAACACUUGGAACCUUCACAGCGCACCUUAAAGUGUGAGAGAACGUCUGCCCUAAAAUCUGAGCGCUCACUCUCUCUCCCCAUUCCACACAACAAGAAACGACAUUUUAGUCUCUUGGAAAGAGAUGCAGCGCGGCAUGAUGUGGACACUGGUGUACCCUGCCUUGUGACAGAUAGCACACUAGUUUCACGACAACUUUCAAUACCAUCUGAUGGGUCAAGUUCAGCAUCGCUCAGUGCUGCUGCUGCGGCUGCCAGGAGGCGGCGAGCAGAGACUUCCUAUGACAUAGACAACAUAGUGAUACCCAUGUCUGUGGCAGCCACCACCAGAGUGGAAAGACUUCAAUACAAAGAGAUCCUCACUCCCAGUUGGCGUGUUGUUAAAAUUGCUCCAAGUAAAGAAGAAGACUUAGAAGAGCUGGAAGAUCUUUCAGAUUCUGCAUUUACUGCAUUACAUGCAAAGUGUGAGGAGAUGGAGCGGACGCGGUGGAUUAGUAGCAGCAUUCUCCCGCAGCAACGACGAGGAAGCAGAACCCAUAGAUCAUCUGAAGGCUCUGUAACACCACAGCCCUUCAUCGGCACACAGCCUCUCACACCCCAGCCCCCCUCCCCGGACACAAGCAGCUGGCAAGCCAUGGCAGACUUCUCACCUCUCAGCCCUGACAUCUUAUCUGCACCACCUACACCCACUUCAAGGGAUACUCCCCGUCUGCUCUCUGAGGAGACGCAGAGCUCAGUGUCCGAUUCAGGAUUUGAAGAGAUAACUAUACAGCCCUGGGAGAGGCGACAUUUUCCCCUUCCUUAUCACCCUAAGCCGGAUCCUGCAGGAGCCAGUGAAACCACAGACUGGGGAGGGCCACGCCCCCCGCGCAGAUCUUCCUGCAGCUCCAGAACUGCCAAAGACCCAGAGGGACCCCCAUCUUCUCCACCCUGUCCUUACUCCAGACCGCGGCCGCUCCACAGAUAAAGUGGGGUUUACUAAAAUAAGAAAAUAUAUAUUCUUAUUUUAGUAAUAAGUAUAUAUAAUAAAUAAAAUCUCCUACAAGACAAUUUGGUUUCUGAAGAAUCCGCUGUUUGAUAUUCAAACUUUAUCCCCGGAGCAGAGCGCCAAUUUCACAGUUUUUAGUGAAUUUAAGAACGUUAGAUACCUGGGUUUUUUUUUCUCCCCCUUUUGUGUUUCUCUUUUGGUUUUUUCAUUUCUUUGUACUUUUGUCCCACUUUCUUUUUUUUAAUGUUCUGUGCGUGACACUGUGUACCUAACCCGCUGCUUUAAUUCAGCCUCAUUGUGCACAAGGCAGAUAACAGAGUUGUCACUGUAGUUGGUGGCUUUCCUUAUUUUCUAAUGCCUGGAAAUUGUAUGUUUGUAAUAGUUUGAUCUUCCUGGUUCACUGCAGAGAUUUCAGAGAAUAGGAGGUGUGUCAGUCAGCCAUCGCUUCCUAGUAGAUCUUUUAAUGCUAUAGUAAUUAUUAAAGCACUUAUUGCUAUAAAAGGGUGCAACUGGGAAAAUGUGAAGAGUGGGUUGGGUGCUGCGUGAGCAUCUAACACAUGUACUGACCAUUUCAGCGGGCACGAUUUCAUAGUAAUUAUCAUAGUUAAGUCUAAAAACAAAAAAAGCAAAAAAAAAAAAAAAAAAAGACACGUUUGUGGAUAGUCUUCAUUUUUAAAAAUGUUGCAGUUACAAAGAUAUUUGUGAGUGAAAUGCUAUCUGCUCACUAGCUCAUGUACAAGACCUGUAAUGACAGCUCACCGAUGCUUUGGGACAUGGCAUGUUGCUGUAAAAUAGUGAAAGUGGUUAUACUUAUAUGUCAAAUUAAAGGACAUAGUGGUUAUGCCCAGUUUAAAAUGACGGUACCAAGAGAUAUUGUAAGAGGGCCGACUUCCUGUUGAUUUAAAACAAUUAUUUUCAUAAAUUGGACACUCCUGGUAUACAAUGCUAAACUACAAGGCUUUUCAUUGGUUAAGGAUGCAUGCCCCGGCAUAAGCAGCAGUGAUAGAAGCAAAUGUCUCCAAAAGUAAUUUUAUCCAAAGGCAGAAUAGAAAGAAAAUGUCAUUAAUAUUUUUUUCUUUUUCACUGUUUCAUGAAUACAUUUUAUUAAUGUUCCAUUCGACUACAGGUUAGAUGAUUUCAUUAGUGUCGUCCCCGUACCCCCACCCUCCAGUACUAUUUUUUUUUUCUUUUCCCCAAAGCAUAUCAGACAAAUACAUACUUAUUACCUGCGUAUAUUAAAACAUUUUGUUUCUCUCUUGCA